AUUACUACUAAGUACUUCCAGUUAGUCUCCUGAAGUCAGAAAGGAUUGGAUCAUGGGAUGUCCAUGGGAUGUCUGAAUCCUACUAGUCAUUUCUUGCUUGAUGUCGUACUACCCUCUCCGCUUUCUCCACUUUCUUUAGCGUGGAUUCAUCCUCCUUGGCGGACAUCCAACAUGAUCUACUAUAUAAACAUCCAUCCCAUCGUUGCUGCCUGAUUCCUUUCUCUGGAUCUUCUUCUUCAUUGCAAUUGCCUCAUCUUCUAUCAUUCAAACAUGGGUUCAGCAACAGCUUCAACCUUGCCUCCGGACUUUCUCUGGGGUUUCGCGACUGCCAGCUACCAGAUUGAAGGCGCAGUAACCGAAGAUGGCCGUGGUCCUUCUAUCUGGGACACAUUCUGCAAAAUCCCGGGCAAGAUAGCCGGGGGAGCCAACGGAGACGUAGCAUGCGACUCGUACCACCGUACAGCUGAAGACAUCGCACUGUUAAAGGAAUGCGGUGCUCAGGCUUACCGCUUCUCAAUCUCAUGGUCGCGCAUCAUUCCCCUCGGAGGCCGCAACGACCCCAUCAACGAUAAGGGUGUCCAACAUUAUGUCAAGUUCGUCGACGAUCUUCUAGCAGCGGGGAUCACACCCCUUGUGACACUGUUCCACUGGGAUCUCCCCGAUGCAUUAGACAAGCGUUACGGUGGGCUUCUCAACAAGGAGGAGUUCGUUGCGGAUUUCGCCAACUACGCUCGAGUCAUGUUCCGGGCCCUGGGCUCGAAAGUCAAGCAUUGGAUCACCUUCAAUGAGCCGUGGUGUUCCAGUGUCCUUGGGUAUAACGUCGGUCAGUUUGCUCCCGGUCGGACGAGUGAUCGGAGCAAGAGCGCAGAGGGAGAUAGCUCGAGGGAGUGCUGGAUCGUGGGGCACAAUAUCCUCGUGGCUCAUGGAGCUGCGGUGAAGAUCUACCGAGAGGAGUUCAAGAGUAGAGAUGGUGGGGAGAUCGGAAUCACACUUAACGGAGACUGGGCUGAGCCCUGGGAUCCCGAGAAUCCGGCCGACAUCGAAGCCUGCGACCGCAAGAUCGAAUUCGCCAUCUCCUGGUUUGCAGACCCCAUCUAUCACGGAAGGUAUCCAGACAGCAUGAUAAAGCAGCUUGGCGACCGACUCCCCAGCUGGACCGCAGAAGACAUCGCUCUCGUCCACGGCAGCAAUGACUUCUACGGCAUGAACCAUUACUGCGCCAACUACAUCAAAGCCAAAACCGGCGAAGCGGAUCCCAACGAUACUGCCGGAAAUCUGGAGAUCCUGCUCAAGAACAAAAAGGGCGAGUUCAUCGGCCCAGAGACACAGUCUGCAUGGCUGAGACCGUAUGCACUUGGGUUCCGGAAGCUGUUGAAAUGGCUAAGCGAUAGGUACGGUCAGCCUAAGAUCUACGUUACUGAGAAUGGGACGAGCUUGAAGGGCGAGAAUGACUUGCCGGUGGAGGGGCUGCUGAAGGAUGAAUUCCGGACGCAGUACUUCCGUGAUUAUAUUGCUGCUAUGGCUGAUGCGUACACGCUGGAUGGGGUGAAUGUGAGGGCUUAUAUGGCUUGGAGUUUAAUGGAUAACUUCGAAUGGGCUGAAGGUUACGAAACCCGGUUUGGGUCGACCUACGUCGACUACGAACAUGGCCAAAAGAGGAUCCCGAAGGACAGUGCAAAACAGAUCGGCCAGAUUUUCAGCCAGUAUAUCGAGAAGAUAUGAGUAUUUAAUUGCGAGGAGUGCAUCGAUUGUUAAUUAUGUCAUUCAUGGGCAUAGCUUACGGAAUGAGAAAUCACAGCCUUUAUGUCGUAAGACAAUUAAAGUUCGUAGGACAGAUUCCAGCUCUCUAUCUUGAAUAAGCGUAGUGGGACAGCUACUGCACACGAGUCUAAGAAUAGUAUCGACUCUUACGUGGGGGU